CCGGCGCGUGCUGUUGUUUGUAGCACAGGUGAGUUGAAGCUCGGUCGAGCGCCCUGGCCUGGGAAACAUGGGCAAGCUUCAGGAGUUUGAGCUCACUUUCGACAGCAACAAAAUAGUGUACAGUCCAGGAGAGUCCAUCUCAGGCACCCUCAAGAUUAAGCUGGCGCAGUCGCUGCAGUGUAAAGCAAUCAAGGUGAACUGCAAUGGUUUCUGUGGAAUUACCACCAAGGUAAAUGACACAGCAUGGCAGGAGGAGGAGCAGUACUUCAACAGCACCGUUUCCAUGGCAGACAAAGGAACCCUGAAACAGGGAGAUCACAGCUUUCCCUUCAAGUUUCUCAUACCAGCUUCUGCUCCCACAUCUUUUGAGGGCAACUACGGGAGGAUCAUAUACAGAGUGAGGGCUUUUGUUGACACGCCACGAUUUAGUAAGGACUAUAAGACAGAGAAGCCCUUCUACCUACUAAGCCUCCUCAACCUGAAUGAAGUGCCGGACAUACUGGAACCCAGUUCCUCUGCAGUGACCCGGCAGUUCACCUACCUGCUGGUGAAGACAGGGACAGUAGUGCUAAGGGCACAGAGCGACAUGAAGGGUUACACACCGGGCCAGAUCAUUCAGCUGACUGCCAACAUCCACAACCAGUCUGGGAAGAGCACUGGCACUGUGGUGGCCAGUCUUAUGCAGAGAGUGACCUAUGAGACCAAGAAGCCCACCCAUGAUGUGAGGACAAUAGCGGAGGUGGAGGGUGCUGGGGUGAAAGCUGGCAAAGAGGCCGAGUGGAAGGAGAAAAUCAUUGUUCCUCCUCUUCCCCAGUCUUCCUUAAUCGGCUGUGACCUGAUAAAGAUUGAAUAUUAUAUUAAAGUCAGUCUAAAAUCUCCAGAAGUCAUGCUGACGUUACCCAUCCACAUAGGGAACAUCUCACUGGACAAAAAAGCACACACUUCCUCCAAAGCAGCCGCCUCUACCUCUUCUGCUGUCAAGGAAACGACGACCUCUGCCUCAGCCACCACCAUUACUGCCACCACCCCUACCUUGCCCCCUCGCCCAGCUCCAAAACCGGCCCCCCGUGCUGCCCCUCGUUCCAGAGUCUCCUCUUACAUCUCCCCCAGCGCUCCUCCAGCUGAAGACCAUCAGGGGGCUGUGGGUGGGAUGAGCCCCGGGGGGCCGAUGAGUGAAGCCAUUCCCACAAAGAGCCACUCCCAGCUGGGCGUCUCAGGGCCCCAUGCCGCUGUGUCACCCACUGCUUUCAGCUACGCGCCGGGCCUCACAUUCCCCCAGAACCAGCGGUCCAACGGCUCCACAGCGGACUCCAACGGACCUCUGUUCUGUGUGUCCACCGGGGCCACCAUACCUUUCUUCUCUGAGAGCAGCACCACGCCGAUGCCAGCCACCUGCCCACUCAUCCUGCCUCCAGACUAUAGGAACUCUGCAUAUCCACAAGAGGCUCCGCCUUCCUACGAUGAGAGCUGCAACACAUGAACAGCAGCAGGGAGAGCCAGAAACCGUUCAGCUGGGGGUCAAUACACUUUGAUUUCAGUCAAUUCAAAAUAUUCAGCUGAAAAUGUAUUUCAUGUUAAAGAUGCACUACACUGAAUUGCUGAGGUUUGAUGUGAGAACCUUGUUGUCAGCUGACAAAAAAGUGGAACAAGCAUGUAAUUUAUCAGUGACUUGGAUCAACAAUGAGAACCAUGUAGAGUCAAAUGAUGUGUUCCCACAUUUUUUAUCAGCUGAGUGCAAAGGGUCCAAACUUAAAUUGACCCAGUUUUGCAUAAUGCACCUUUGAUGCAUUACACCUGUUAAAAUAGUUAUCAGAAGUUAUUACCUUGUUACAAGUCAUUUAGUCUGAAUGAGAAUAACGCCACUUGUUUCCAGUGCCAAUCAGCUUGUUUCCACACUGACAAACUGACACGUGGAUAACGAGAUGGACUCAGUUUUGUGUUUUGACAUGAAACCCUUUAAAUGAUAGAUCUGUCAUUAAUCUAAUAGACUAUGUAAAAUAAACAAGUUUUACUGAAUGUUGAGGAAAAUCUGCAGCUUGAACUGAAAGAGAAUUGACCCCCAUCACUGCCGCCCAACGAACAAGAACAGUCACAAAUCAAACUGGACUGUGCCCGCCUCAGCAAACCAGCCACGGUCAACUUUCUCUUUUUUAAUUUUAUUUUUGGAACACUGUUUUAGCACUUUGAAUGAAUAUGCAUCUUAGUUUUGGGUCAUGUAGAAAUCCUAUAGAUGGCAUCUGUGAUGUCAAGUGUGCAAAGUGUUUUUAUGUUUGAGAAUCUACAUGGAAAUAAAACAAACAAACAAACAAACAAAAAAAAAAAACACAAUAACCAAAUCAUAUUUCAUCCACUAUUUAGAUUGACUCUUCAUAUUUUUUUUUUUUUUUUUUUUUUAGAUUUUGUGUAGGCUCGCAACAGAUUUCUGCAAUGUUUAAUGAUUUGAUUAACAUGAAUAAUGAAUCUGUUGAUUUUAUGUUCAUAAUGUUGUAUUGAUUGUAGUGUUGCUUACUGUUAUGCAAGUUCAGAGGCAUAUAGAGAUAUUCUGCACCUGCUGAAUGUGCACUCUACCUGUUAGUCAUCACUUCUAGCUUUUAUUUCUUUUAUGUUUUUAUCAUUGGGAAAUAAAAGAGACAUUACUGUGAUUCUGACUUACUGUAUUUGGUGUGACAGUGAAAUAUUGCCAUUUGAUUGUUGAUGGUUCACUUCAUCGAGUCAUGCCAUCAUGUCCAGUCUUAGAAGAUUUUGUGAAAAGCUUUAAUGUUGCUUAACCAAUGUGUCUCCCAUAUGUGUAGGGAGAAGAUGUAGCGUGUUUUUAUUUAUUGUUCUCAAUGUUUGCCAAUGGACAGCUGCCGUCCAUUACUCUGUUAAAUCCUGUUAAGUAAUUAAAAUUUUUGAUUAUUUCA